AUGGCACGAUUUACUUUUGGCAAAAACAAGAAAAGGCUUGAAGAGGCUAAUACAUCGUAUGCUGAUGAUACGAUGGAUAGUAGCUCCCCUAGUGAACCAGUUCACGACUCACCGGUGAGUUCGCCAGUAGCAUCUCCGAUACUUAGAAAGCAGCCGAAACUGAGAAUUGCACCUGCAAUUACUAUAAACGGGACUACACCAUGGAAACGACACAAAUUGAUCAAUUCACCAUUCCCUAGAUACAGACACUCUGCUGCUGCUGUUGCCACGGAAAAGAAUGAGAUCUUCUUAAUGGGAGGCUUGAAGGAAGGUUCCGUGUUUGGAGAUACUUGGAAAAUUACCCCUCAAGGACUGACCUUAGAUGAUGAAAUCACCGGCUACGAAGCCAGUAAUAUUGAUGUUGUUAAUCUCAAUAAUCCUCCCGCUAGAGUGGGCCACUCCUCGGUAUUGUGUGGUAAUGCCUAUAUUAUCUACGGUGGUGACACAGUUGAUACCGAUUUCAACGGUUUCCCUGAUAAUAACUUUUACUUAUUUAACAUCAAUAACAGCAAAUAUACCAUACCAAGCCAUGUUUUAAAUAAGCCAAAUGGAAGAUAUGGUCACACUAUUGGAGUUAUUUCCUUGCAUAAUACCUCUUCCAAGCUAUUCUUAUUUGGUGGGCAAUUGGAAAAUGAUGUAUUCAAUGAUUUAUAUUUCUUCGAAUUGAAUACUUUCAAGAGCCCAAAAGCUAGAUGGGAAUUGAUUGAGCCGUUGAACAAUUUUAAACCCCCACCCUUAACUAAUCACUCUUUGUCAGUUUACAAGAAUAAGAUUUAUGUUUUCGGUGGGGUCUAUAAUAAUGAAAAGAUCUCAAACGAUUUGUGGUGUUUUGAUGCGUUGAUCAGUAAGUGGAUCCAAGUCACUACCACAGGUAAUGUACCACCACCAGUCAAUGAACAUGCAAGUUGCAUUGUUAAUGACAAAUUGUUUGUUUAUGGUGGUAACGAUUUUAGUGGUAUAAUCUAUAAUUCUUUGUAUGUAUUAGACUUACAUACUUUAGUCUGGUCCAAAUUAAUUGAACAGGGUGAAAACAAUGGACCCGGUCCAAGAUGUGGUCAUUCAAUGACAUAUUUGCCAAAGUUUAAUAGAUUAUUAAUUAUGGGUGGUGAUAAAAAUGAUUAUGCUACUUCAAAUUCUGAUGAUUUUGAAACCUAUGAAUUGUAUAAUGGUGAAGAAUAUGGCACCAUGAUUUAUGAAUUAGAUUUAGAUAUUGUCGAGCAUUUCUUGUCUUCGAGUGCAGCUGCUAAGACGGCUGCUAAGUCUCCUUCCAAAAAGAUGGCGGCUUCUGCUGCACCUAUUGCUCCUGUGGUUGGUAAUGAUGACUCAAGGAACAAUCUGUUACGUCAUGCAAGAAGUUACUCAGCAGGGCCUGAUGAUUUCAAAACACCUAAUGUCUCGCCCGAAAGAGUACCUAGAAUUGUUACGGAUUCCGAACCUCAGUCCAAGCAAGCUAAUUCUCAACCAGAAGAUAAGUUUGUGGAUGUGGACGUUCCUUCAGGAAAUAUUUCUGAGAGAGACAUUUCAAUUGAUGAUCAAAGAGAUUUCGUCCCAUCUGAUGAUGAAAUUCCACCCAUUUCUCAACGUAGAUCUCGUGGUAUUUUAGGAAAUAAUUCAGGUCAAGCAGCUAAUGGAACCCGUCCUAAAGUAUUAGGAAAAGACUAUAACUAUAUAAGGUCUGAUGAGGAUUUAACGCGAAGCAACAAUGCUACUCCGGUUUUAGAAAGGAACUCGCAAAUCCCACCGUCAGCCGUUGCUAGAAAUGGAGAAGACGAUUCAAAAAUCAAAAAGUUGGUGAAUGAAUUAACAAAUGAGUUGAAUGAUUUGAGGGCUUCCACGAAAACACAGAUGCAAAAUGCUACUGAAAAAAUUAAUUCAUUAGAACAAGAAAAUGCUUCAUUGAGAGAAAAUGAUAAAUCUACAAACUUGCAAGGGCAACUUCAAGACAAAGAAGCUCUACUUGGUGAAAAGGAUAAUUUGAUUUAUGAACUAAAACGCCAAGUUGACCCGGCUGCACUUGCUAUAAAUGAAGAUGAAAGUUCCGAAAGAGCAAUCUCUACAGGAGGAAUUUCAGAAUUAAGUAAAUAUAAAUUAGAGAGGUUAGAGUUAAAUAACAGGCUAAUUUAUUUGGAAGAUGAAAAUGCUGGGUUAACGGCUAAAUUUGCUGAUUUUGAGCCAUUCAUGAAUAAUCAAAUUGGACAAUUAUCAAGCUUUCAAAAAAUCAUUAAAGCACAAGAAGAAAAGAUUUCCCGGUUAUCAAGCCAAGUUAAGGACCAAGAACCUUUACAUAGGGAGAUUAAUGAUUGGAAAAAUAAAUUCCAUAAUUUGCAAUUAGAAUUUGAUAAUUUCAAAACCAUAAAUGCAGAUGAUCAAUUUUCUGAUAGCGAUAACGAGCGCUUCGCUGAAGAACAAGGUGCUGAAGUUAAUAGAUCUAUUGCAAGUAACGCAUCUGUCAGUAAAAAAUCGAAAAAGGAAAUUGCAUCCCACUUAGAAAGUUUGAUUGCUUUAUGGUCUGCAAGAAGUGCAUCUGAGCAAAAGGAUAUGUCUGGCAAUGUUAAUCCUAACUCUGAAAGCUCUGCUAUGGUAUCCAAGUUACAGAUGCAAUUAGAUGACUUAUUGAAAAUUAGUAAGCAACAAGAAAUGGGUUCAUCGAAUGAAAUUCAAAGCUUGAAGAAUGAAUUAAAUAUUAAAUUACAAAACUUGAAAACAUUUGAAGAAAACUACAGAGAUGCUUUACAAUCUGUUAAUAACACUAGUAAGGCUCUUAAUUUAACUCAAGAUGAAUUGAAUAAUCAAAGAAUUAUGAUGGAGAAAUUGAUUAAGGAAAAUAAUGAACUAAAAUUAUUCAGAAGAGCAUCAAGAAGAGUUAGUGCAAGAACUCCUAUUAUUAAUGAAGAACAAUUUGGUGAUAGUAAUGUUGCGUCACCAACGAUAUCUGAAACAAGCCCACACGAUGAUGAUGCUGCUAUUUCAAAUGCUCAUUAUAAUAUGAAGGUCAAAGACUUAGAAGCUGAUUUAUACAUUUUGAAGCAAGAAAGGGAUCAAUUAAAGGACAACGUUACUUCCUUGCAAAAAGAAUUGUAUCUUUCUCAAAAUACUCAAUAA